AUGGCAAGCCAUGGCGGGGAUGAUAACGCCCUGCCCCGCGCCAACGAGGGCGAGAGUAUCAUAAAGGUGGUUCAGAAUGACGACGAUCUGGGCCUUAUGGACGUGGAGAGUAUGUGUAUGAACUGCCACAAUAAUGGAUCAACCAAAUUUCUCCUGAUCAAGAUCCCAUUCUUCCGCGAUGUUCUCCUCGAGUCGUUUGACUGCCCACAUUGCAAUUUCAAGAACAACUCCAUUAAAGCUGCCGGCGAGAUCCAGGAGCACGGGACCAAGUACACCCUUGAGAUCCAUGACAAACGUGACUUUGACCGUCAGGUCGUCAAGGGCGAUUCUUCAAUCUUCCGCCUCGAAACCCUUGGAAUAGAGAUGCCAGCCGGUGAGGGUCAGCUCACCAAUAUCGAGGGGAUGCUUACCAAGAUCCAAACCCAGCUCGAAAGCGAGCAGCCACAGCGUAAAAUUGCGGAUCCGGCCUUGUUCCAAGCGCUUGAGGAUAUCCUUCAGAGGCUCGCAAAGAUGAUCAGCGGCGAAACUUUCCCCUUUACAGUAACCUUAGAGGAUGCAACUGGUAACUCUUGGAUAUCUCCUGCACCAUAUGACGAGGGCAACAGAUACAAACGACAGGAGUUCCAGCGUACCAAGGAACAGAAUGAGGCGCUAGGUAUUGGCAUCGGUGGAGAAAAUGAAGGCCCUGCCGCGGUUUUAUCUACAGGAGACCCUAAUGAUCUUGACAUCGUUGAUGGAAAUAUGUACUCUCUCCCGACGAACUGCCCUGGCUGCAUGAAACCAUGCGUUGUCAACAUGCAAAAAGUAAACAUUCCACAUUUCAAGGAAGUGUUUAUCUGGGGCACCGUUUGUGACCACUGUGGCUACCGUACCAGUGAUGUCAAGACAGGAGGUGCUAUCCCAGAAAAGGGAAAGCGAAUCAAACUGAGGGUAGAGACUAUCGAAGAUCUCUCUCGAGAUAUCCUUAAAUCUGAGACAUGCGUCCUGAAAAGCGACGAUCUUGGUCUCUCUGUUCAGCCCGGCACACUUGGGGGAAGGUUCACCACUGUCGAGGGCCUCCUUACUCAGAUUCGUGACCAGUUACAUGAACAGAUCUUUGAUUUUGGCGAUGAGGACUUGGCGCCUGGCGAUUCCAUGGCUCUGUCAGAAAAGGAACGAUGGGAGCAAUUCUUCUCUAAGAUCGAUGCGGCAAUCAAGGGUGAUAAGAAAUUCACUAUCAUUCUUGAGGACCCGUGUGCCAACAGCUAUGUUCAGAACCUUUACCUCCCUGAACCAGACCCCCAGUUGGAGGAGGAAGAUUAUACCCGUACCGAGGAAGAGGAAGAAGACCUUGGACUUAAGGAUAUGAAAACUGAGGGGUAUGAAGAAGAUCAUCAACUUGCUUUAGAAGCUGAGAAGGUAAAAAAAGCUGAGGAAGAAUCCUGA